GACGUACAACUCCAUGGCAGAACAGAUAUCCUCGCAGUAGAAGCAAGACAGUCAUAUCUUCAGUAGAGCAAGCGAAAGACACUGAAACCUCCAAGUCCAGAGAAAGAGGGUUGAGAGAACAAAACAAACGCCAAAAUGUCCGUUUACCACGACAUUCACUGCGAAUACUUCCUCGACAUAGACAUGGUCGGCGGCAGAAUCAGGACGUCAAGCAACAACAGCCAAGUCAGCUCCUGCAGCAGCGACAGCCACUCCAGCAGUGCGAGUCAGGGCAGCGACGCCUCAGCGGGGAGUGGCUACGGUCCAGACAAGAAGAAGAAGAACAAAAAAGAAGAGCAGCUUCUGGAAGCAGUCCUGCUUUCCACUGAACUAGUCGAGAUCUUACAGCAAUAUUCUUGUAGUUUUAAGCCCAUUUUUUUGUGUGUGAUAGGAAGAAUGUACAAAAUGGAUGUUAUGCAUUGAAAGCCGAAGGUUAGGUUAAGUUAUUGCCCUAAGGUGAUCUCAACAUAUGUAUAAAGUAUGUGAUAGCAUAUGUAAGUGGAAUCUGAUUUGAA